AGAAAUAAGUAUAUCAAGAUGGCAGAAAGAUACCCGAGCGAAAAAGUUAAAAAAACGUUUGUUGUUUGUGCUCUCCACACUGGGCACAUUGCCAUUAUUCCGCGGCCAUGGUUGUAUAAAGUUUGUGGAAUAUGGAAAUGCCGAUGGACUUCCUCCUUGGAAAAAACUAAAAACUACAGUAUAUUUAAUCCAAACUGGAGAGAGUAUGAAAUUACAAAAAUUUAUGCUAAGACAGAUACCUUUAACAAAGCAGAAAGUAUUCAAGCAGACCAAUCUGGCAAGUCUGAUGGAUCAGCGGUAACACUGACUGAUGUUGAAAAUUCUAUAACUUCAGCUACAAUACCGCUUGGUGCUACACCUUACAAAAAAAGAUUAAGAACGCCGCCAAAUAUAGAUAAUAGCUCUGAAGAAUUUGGAAAGAAAAUAAUGAAAAUUAGAACAAGAAACAGUUCUCCUGUCUAUAAAGAUUAUAGUGAAAGUGAUGACAGCGAACAAUCAGAUUGCAGCAAGAAUUCACAACAAAUAAAAUUGAAAUCACUUCCUAACUUUCCACUGCUUUUAAAAGAAAACCAACCUACAGCAAGCCUAAUGACAAUGAAAAAUAAAGAAUCCCUUCAAUCUGUAAGCGCAAAUGAAGUUAAAGUUUCAAGUACUAUUAUGCAACCAAGACAUGAAGCACGCAGUUUGGAAUUGACCAACUUUGAGUUGUCAGACAUUUCAGAACAAGAUGACUUAAAUUUAAAGGACUCUUCUGUGAAUGAUGACGAUUCACUGCAGUCACUGUUAAAGAAAUUACAUGUUAUUACUCUAAAGUCAUAUCAAAGCAUUAAAGAAUUAACUUAA